CGGGGGAGGGUCGCGAGCGGCCGCGCGAGCAGCGGGUGAGGCAGCGCGGCGGUCGGGGCGGCGGAACUACUAUGGAACCUUGGCAGCCUUGUAAGUCUGGAAGGCUUAAAUCCAAGUUCAGAAAGGCCUUUUCCAGUCCAGAUGAUCUGCUGGCUGAAGCGUUUAAUUAGGAUGGCUUUUGAACAAAUUGGAUUGAACAUGGAAUCAAUGCUUUGGUCAGGCAAGCCUUAUGGUUCAUCUCGAAGUAUCGUAAGAAAAAUUGGGAGUAACCUGUCUCUUAUACAGUGUCCAAGAGUUCACUUUCAGCUUAUUUCUCAUGUCACGGAAGGAAAUAGUCCUACUCAACUUAAAGCAGAGGCAGUGGCCUCCUUUGCAGAUGUGGGAUGGAUUGCUAAAGAAGAAGGUGAAGUCUCUACAAGGCUCAGGUCAGAAGUUUGUUCAAGAGCAACCCAGCCUCUUUCAGGUGAACCACAUGAUSCCAGGAAGUCGCCACACAGAGAGAUGUCCUUGCAAAGCCUGUCAGAAGAGGGACCAGUGCCCAGGAGCGCAGUGAUGGCAAAUGAAGAAGCACUGCAGAAGAUCAGUGCUCUAGAAAAUGAACUGGCCACUUUAAGAGCACAAAUAGCCAAAAUUGUAACCUUGCAAGAACAGCAGAACUUGACAACAGUUGGGUCAAGUCCAGUUGCUUCAGCUGCUGUCCCUGUUCCACCUCCGCCACCACCACCUCCUCCUCCGCCACCACCCCCUCCCUUGGGUCUGCAGCAGAGUAAGUCUGCAAUUGAUCUCAUCAAAGAGAGGAAAAACAAAAAAAUGAACGCUGGCCARAAUGUGGCAGAAAACGGGCCAAAGAAGCCUGAAGUACCAAACAUGCUAGAAAUCCUCAAAGACAUGAACAACGUGAAACUACGYGCAGUGAAAAGAUCCUCAGAAGGUACAAAAUCUAAAGUGUGCGACCCUGCAGAUCCUGCAACAUUAAUAGCAGAAGCUCUCAAAAGGAAAUUUGCUUACCGAUACCGCAGUGAUAGCCAAGGUGAAACAGAAAAAGUGAUUCCAAAGACCGAAACAAAGACACAGACUGAUAUAGUGCUGUUUGGACCACACAUGCUGAAGUCUACAGGAAAAAUGAAGACCUUAAUUGAAAAAUCUUAGUGUCCAGAUUAUUAUGCAAAAGACUGUUAAACGGCUUGGUGUGAACUACUUUAUGUUGCAAAUAGCACUAGUACUGAGAGGUCUCUUUCUUAAAGCACAGGAAGACCCAACGUGAAAUACAGAAAUGAGACAUUAAACAUGUUUGUAUGUAUGUGAUUUAUCAGGGGGAGUAAAUUGGACCAUUAUACUCAGGUAUUAAUUUMAUAUUCAAGCCUGGUUUUCCACUCAAGAUUUAUGCGAUGGGUUUAGUUUAUUAACACUAAGUUAUAUAUACAACAUUCUUUGUGCAUAACUGACCACCUUAAAAAUUUAUGUAUAUGUUAUUAAUGAUGGUGAUACAUCCUUAACUUAAUACCAGUUUUAUGUGAGCUCUACCUAUAAUUUGCACUACAAUGUGUAAUUUGAAAUUUUCAUGGUGAAGCCUUUUUUUUAAACUUAACUGUAGCAAAUUUUUAGCCCAAAGAAAACCUGGAGGCACUCURCUUCUUCUUUAAACAAGUGAAAACUUGAACCUGCUGCAGAGGUCAGCUACAUUUUACAUAGUAGCACAUUAUUUGCAAGGUUUUUUGUUUGUUUCACCUGARCUUGCAAGGGUAAGAGACUAAAACCUGCUUGCAUCAUCCUGUGGCCAUUAUAAAGAGAAAAAUCAUGCUCUGGGAGCCUCUGUGAAUAGGCAGUUGAGGGAAUUUGAAAUAAUAGAUAGCAACAGAGUAAAAUAAUAAAGAGUAUGUGUUAAUUAGCAUAAAGCAGUGUAGGUAAAAAAACAAAGGUACAAAGUACUGUGGGGUGCAAGUUGCCAAAAGCAACUCCUCUCUGCUGCUCUAAGAGAUGCUCGUGGACACCUUGUCCCCAGCUGUCUUUGCUCCCUGGGUAUGUUUCUGGCAGAUGGGGCUUGCACAAGCCCUUGUGGCCCCAGUUUGCAGGGAAGAGAGGGGAUAAGCUGUUGCCCACAAUCCAUUUUUCAGGKGAAGCCCUCCUGGGGCCUUCAUGCAGCAGCUGUUUCCUGCCAGACCCAUCACCAGAGCUGUCUCCAGCCACAGGUGUAGAAAGGUUCAAGCCAGAAGUAAAAGUCAGGCUGAAAAAAGCUGUUCAGGAACCAAGAGUGCAGUUUAGCUGCACACUGAAACAAAGCCAGGGUUUGCUCUCACCAUGGAUGAGCAUUGAAAAAGCUCAGCCAGGGUAUUUUUGAUGCUCUAAGCUGAUCCUGGCUACUGGGACAAGUACAACUGCCUCUGGGAGCUUCUGUUUUCUACGAAAAAACAAAAGCAACACUUUUU